AUAUAAAAAUAAAUUUUAUUAUCUGGCGUAGCUAACCAUUUUUCUGCGUCGACGAAGAAGUAUUUCACACUUCGUCGAGUUCGCCGUCGGACGCUGGCGCCUUUGUCGGCCCUGCGGGGUUGUUCUCGGGCAAGUUUUGAAGAAGUGGGUAUUUUUAUUGCAGGUGUCUUUGGUGUGUAAGAUAUCAAUGUUUGCUUGACUACAAGUUCUCAUUCUGACAAAUGGCAGCCAGAGGCAAUAUUCCAGCAGCAUUUGAGAGGCGUUCUGUCCAAGCUCCUGGGAUGAUGCGGCAUGGUCCAUAUCCUGGUGUAAGCUCUUCUGCUGGCCAUCCUUCACUAGAGCCGCUGCCUCCUCAAAUGUUGGGGGAUAAAAUUGCAUCUCAGGAAGCAGAAAUAAAGCAACUUGUGGGGGACAACCGCAGGUUGGCAAGUACUCAUGUGACCUUGAGAGAGGACCUUGUUGCUGCUCAGCAGCAAGUGCAAAAACUGAAGGCACACAUUAGGAGCAUUCAAACUGAAAGUGACAUCCAGAUCAGAGUUUUACUGGAUAAGAUUGCAAAAAUGGAAAGAGACAUUAGAGCUGGUGAGAAUGUAAAGAAAGAACUCAAACUCGCCCAUCUUGAAGCACAGAGCUUGGUAGCUGCCAGACAAGAAUUGAACAGCCAAGUUGAAAGAGCUACUCAGGAGCUAAAGAAAGUCCGUGGUGAUGUCAAAAGUUUGCCAGAUCUGCAGGAUGAACUGGACGGCUUAUUGCAAGAACACCAGAGGUUACGUGCGACUUUUGAAUAUGAGAAGAGCAAAAACGUUGAGCUAGUGGAGCAAUUGAAAGCAACAGAAAAGAAUCUGAUAGUAAUGGCAAGAGAAGUUGAAUUUUUACGAGCUGAGAUUCAGAAUGUUGAAAAAAGAACACGGGCACCAAAUCUGUAUGGUGCUGCUGCCGCCGCCAUACCGAGCACCUUUGUUGAUGGCUAUGGGAGAGCACAAGCAGGAGAGACAGCGAUGGCGUAUGGGGGCGAGGGUGCCAAUGGCACCACGGCUGUGACCAGUGCUGCUUGGGCAGGACCAUAUGAUUCCUUAGUUUCUAGAAAGUGAUGUUUGUAAGGAAGAAAAGAGGAGCAAUCAGAUAUAAUUCUUGAUUCAAGCUGCUGCCAGUAUAAGCCAUGAAUUUUGAUGGUUCUAAUGUCUAUAGCAAACGCUAAUCUGAUGGCUCUAUUGUAACCCCUUUCUAUAUAAUAUCAUUGAAUUUUGUAUAGUGUUGAAUCAAAUUUGUAAUAGCCACUUGUACACAUGUGAAAGAUGUUGAACAUCUUCUAAAUAAAAGCGAAUGAGAGGAGAAAUUUUCUUUGGACA